AUGUCGACUGGAAGAUACUCGGAACCGUCAUUCCAUGACAAGCCCACGCCUCAGUCGGAGCAGCUGGUGGCAGAGCUUACGGCGCUGCGGGCGAGUCUGGCGGCAGUCGAGGCGGACUUGGCCGUGUCGGGCAACAGCUUUCGAGUGGUCAAGCGGGUGCUGAUGAAACAGUGGUUUUUGUCUGGCAUGCUGCUGGCCGUCAUCCUGGCGGCGAUUUAUCCUGAGGCUGGACGGAAUCAAGCUCCGUUGUAUCCGCAGUACUCGGUCAAGUACAUCGCUGUUGGCCUCAUCUUUCUUCUCUCCGGCCUCUCGCUCAAGACCCGAGAGUUGGGCAAAUCAGCUCUGUACUGGAAAUACAACCUGUACUUUUUCGUUUGGGUCUUUGUCUUCUCACCCAUCGCCUGGUUUGCUCUCCGCUAUCUCCUGGAUCUCUCCGACUGGUUCUCCAACGAGGAUCUGCUGGAUGGCCUUGUCGUCAUGGGCGUCCUCCCCUCCACCAUCUCUUCCCAGAUUGUCCUUGCCAAGGCCAUGGGCGGCAACGAUGCAGCCUCGCUCUUCAACGCCACCUUUACAAACCUUGUCGGCGUCAUUCUCUCGCCGCUUCUCCUUGUUGUCCUGCUUGGCAACUCGGGCUCGGUCUCGGCGAGCAAGCUGCUCCUCGACCUCGUCAUCUCCAUCCUCAUCCCCAUUGUCAUCGGCCAGUUUUUGCAGUACGCCUUCCGCGAGCGACUUGCUCGCGCCUCCAUCCCCUACGCCAAGAUCUCCAAGGUUGUCCUCCUCAUCAUCAUUUUCUUCACCUUUGCCAAGACCUUUGACAAGGGCGUUGACCUCUCGUGGCGCGCUCUCUUUGGCUUGGUCAUCAUCCUCGUCGCCUCGCACCUCAUCCUUCAGCUCCUUGUCUUCCUCUCCUCACAGUUGCCUUUCCUUGGCUUCACUCGCGCCGACACCGCCGCCGCCAUCGCCGGCGCCGCCCACAAGACCGUCGCUGUCGGCAUCACCCUCAUCCAGCUCAUGUACGACGACGACGAGUCUGGUCCUGUCUCCAUCCCGCUCCUCCUCUACCACCCGCUACAGCUGCUCAUCACCGGUGCACUCGUCGGCCGCGUCCGCUCGUGGCUCAUGGCCGGCUCGACACUCCUCCCCACCGCAUCGUCGCCGUCGUCGUCGUCGUCGUCCUCGUCAGCUCUCACCACCGCCGUCUCGGCCAACACCUGCUCGACAUCGAGCUCUGCGUCGUCGUAG